AUGCAGGCAUACCACGAAAGCUCCUCUGACGGGAAGCACGACUUGAUCGCGAAGUACAUGAAAGAGGGGGGGAUAAAGUCGCUAGCCUGGGUGGCCGGCUAUGUGGAGAAGAGCAAGACCAGAGAGGGCGAGCAAGUCGUGUGUGACAAGGGCUGGUUUACGAUGCUGAAAAUUUUCGAAAGGGAGGGUGUGGUGCUCAACGACAAAAAGAGGCAGCCAGUUGUGUUGGAGGCCAUGAGGAAGGCCAACUACCAGGAGCACUCCGUCCAGUACAACAACCUCGACGACUUGAAGAAGGAGAUCGCAGGCUGCCCCGAGCUCACAAAGUACUACUAUGUUUUCGGCAAGAACACCAGCAUCCACAGCGAGAUGAAGGACACCAGUGUGGAGAUCUCCACCAGCCUGAAGCCUUCCAACCUUGCCUUGGCACUGAAGGAUGGUGCAGCAAGCAGCUCGCAGACAACCGUGAAGAUUGAGAACCCCGAGAAAGUGCAGGCCCAGCAGGUGGCUACUGUGCUCAGCUCUGGCAAGGCAGCCAUUCAGAAGAUCCUCUCGCCCAUCGAGGAUGGAAUCUCCAUGCUGGAGUGCAAGAAGAAGAAGGAGUUCGAAGACUUUCUGAAGGAAGGCACGAGCCACGUCAAGAAGGCUACCGACUUUGUGGAGAAAGCCCGGAAGGUUCUGGCCCUGCAUGCCAGCAUGGAGAGUGAUGAGUCUUGCACAAAGGAGGCCUGGACAGACCACACCGCCAAGAUCGAGAACAUGAACAGCCUGGCUAGUGUGCACUUGGAUGGCUUGAAGCACUACAAGUCACGUAUGCAGGCCCUGAGCUAG